CUGAUGAGAGAAUGAUUUGCAAUCAGUACUUACUGUCACUGUGUUGUUGCUUCUAGUUCCGGCAGUGAAGUGAUCUUUCCAAACAUAAGAGGAAUAAAGAAGUCACCUUCCCAGCUGUCAACGUCUUCCAGCACAUUGAGCAAGAAUAUUUUAAGUACCACAGCAAAGACAGUUUAUCACGCAUUAGAUGAUGAUCAGCCAUGUGAUUUUUUCAAGAAAAGGAAUAGGAUGAGUGAAUCUCAUCAGAAAAACAGUAAUAUGGAUGCUUGCCCAUCUUGGAGUAAAGUACAUCAUUCAAAGAAUUCUUCAGGAAAAAAACAGAGUAAAUCCCAAAUCCCUGGUGUUUCUUCCCAGCUGAGAAGUGGCCUGGCAGGGGCCUCCCAGCCAGCUGGAGACAAACACAAGGAAGGCAUUUCUGCGGAAGGAAGACCUGGCCGGAAUAUACCCAGUCCCAGGAGUCAGGGGGGCUCAGGGCACAAGCUGCUGAUGGACUUGGGAUCGAUGAAGAUCAUCGAGGAAGACGCUGAUGAAGACAGCGCCAGUGAUCUGUCAGAUUCAGAGAGAAUCCACAUCCCUCCCUCUCCCCUCACACCUCCAGAUCUUAAUCUUCGAGCUGAAGAAAUAGAUCCUGUGUCCUUUGACCUUCACCCGGGACAGGGCGGGGCAAGGCCAGAGUACUACUACCCAGAUUUCCUCCCACCUCCGUUCAGUUCCUGGGACCUGCGGGACAUGGCCAUGCUUCAGAACGCAGAGUGCAAGAUAGAGGUGACCACCCGAGCUGGGAGCCUGGGAAAGUACAUGGACAGACUCAUCCAGCUGGAGUGGCUGCAGAUCCAGACCGUGCAGUGUGAGAAGAGCAGAGCUGCUAAGGCCAGGCCUCCUGUCGCCCCGGGGGCCUCUGGAGCUGUGAAAAGCCCUGGGAGAAGCAAGCUACUUGCUAGUGCUCUGUCCAAACCGUUACCUCACCCAGAAGGAACUUCAAAGCCAGGCCCUUCACGAAAGAAAGAUUGUCACCAUGAGGAAGUCCACCCUUCCUAUUAUACAUUUGAGGCCUCCCCGAGACGCAUGGAUGGGCCCAGUUGGACCAGGUUGGCCUCUCAGAAGCCAACCUCUGAGAUGAAGACUGAGGAGAAGAAAAAGAAAUCAAGUAAAAGCACCAAGCUGAGACACUGGGAUUUGCCCUGCAGCGACAACAGCUCUAAGAUGGAAGCCAAUGGCAACAUCCGAAUUCCCAAACAGUCAGCCAUGUUACUGGACCCAGCCGAUCCCUGCCGCAUCCCCAGAACACAAGCCCACGCCAAUCUUAAGAAAAAAGGCAAUGUGAAUAACCAGGGUCAUGCCACUGUGUCCAGUGAGAAGAAACUCAAAACAAACGGAGGAAAGCAAAACACAUACAGAUUAAAGUAGUAUCUAAAAUAAUGUGUUGCAGACCCAUAGAUUCCUUAACCUCUUCUAGAAGUUCCAGCAUUGGGCACCUGGAGACUGUCUGUGAUGGCUGAUUGUUAGGCGGUCAGUUGGCUCUUUGUCUAUCCCACACCCACCCCAGUAGAAUCACUUUCAAAGAGAGAUUUUUCUCAGUGAGUCCUCCCUUGAAUUAAUAGCCAAACAAAAGUGUUUGAGAGCCCUUUUGGGUAACAUUUCCUCAAAGGGAUAAAAUAAUGAUACCAUCUAGCCUAGGUGUGGAUUAGCUCCUCAUUGUCACAGGUCCUAGUGUUGGAAAUAAAGCCCUUUUGGCUACUGCC